CUCCUCCGGCGACGCACGCAGCCGUGUGACCGUGUCCUUCCUUCCGCCCGCUGCCGCCGCCGCGCCGCCGUCUCUCCAGUAGGAUAAUUCGGAUCCUCCACGAGUAGAGCGGCGGAGUAAGAAGCAACAAAGACAUCAUCAGCCAUGGCAGAUUACGAGCAGGAGCAGGAGAUGGAGAUGGAGGCCUUGCAGGCCAUCCUCAUGGACGACAUCAAGGAGAUCGACCCCAGCGAGAGCGGGAUCGACACCACUUCCCGCUGCUUCGAGAUCCUGCUAUCCCCUCAGGAUGAUGAUUUUGACGAGGCGGCUCAUGUUCCAGUUCAAAUGGCGCUGAUUUUUGCACACACUGAGAAGUACCCAGAUGAGCCUCCACUUGUGAAUGUCAAAAGUGUGCGGGGUAUUAAACCAGAAGACCUUACAUCCUUGAAAGAAAAGCUUGACCAAGAGGCAAAUGAGAAUCUUGGCAUGGCUAUGGUAUAUACUCUUCUUGACUCGGCUAAAGAAUGGUUAACUGAGAAAUAUGGUCAAAAUGCUGUAGAUGAGGAACCUGAGGAAACUGAUGAACCAGCAGAGGAGGUCAUUAUACCCCAUGGUGAAGCUGUGACUAAGGAGAGUUUUACCGCCUGGAGAGAGCGUUUUGAAGCUGAAUUGGCGCUACAACGUGCUAAGCUUAUGCCAGAGUCAUCUCUUACAGCCCCAAAGGAAAAGAAACUCACCGGGAGACAGUAUUUUGAAAGUGGAAGGCAUAUGAUGAAAGGAUCGAGUACACUUGCAGAAGAAGACGAGGAAGAGGAGGAGGAGGACAUUGAACUUGAUGAUUUUGAAGACGACGAGGAGGACAUGCUCGAGCAUUUUUUAGCAGAACAGACAGGGAAGUCAUCAGCUUAGGCUUCAAGAUCAUAAGACAGGACAUGCUGCACAAAAUCUAUUGUAGUGAAAACCCAACGUGGUUUAUAUGUUGUAGGUAUAGCCCACUAUUUUUGUGUGCCAAUCAUCAUUUGGUCGCCUUUUGGCAAAUACCUUGAAGAGGCUAUCCAAGGCAAGGUAGCAGUGGGCUCUUACCCUGAUCAAAGUUGAGGUGUCGAAUUUCAAACUGCAUCUGCAUAAUGUGCUUCGUCGUGUAAUUUCUGGUGUUUUUUGUCAGGGUCAUAUAUCCUUUGUGCACCUCUUUGUAAUUUACUGUCGUCGGGGUUAUAUCCUUUGGGCAGCUCUUGCCGGCUGUAUGGAUCCUUUUUUUUUUCUUUGAAAGGUGUAUGGAUCCUAUUCUGUAAACAUGCCUACCCACUUGAUACCUUAACCCUAGUUAACGCUGUUACUUUUCUUA